ACUGUGGAUGCAAUUAGAUGGUAUUGGCCUCCGGGAGCUAUCCCAGAGUGCUCCAUUGUGACCGCUCUGGACAGCACUCUCAACUCAGAUGCACUGGCCAGGUAGACAGGAAAAGGCCUGCGAACUUUUGAAUUUCAAUUUCCUGUUUGGCCAGUGUGGCGAGCUGCAGGUGACCAUGCAGAGCUCAUCAGCAGUGGUGACCAUGCAGAGCUCAUCAGCAGCGGUGACCAUGAUGCAGUCCCAGAAUCGCAAAAGAGCUCCAGCAUGGACCGAACGGGAGGUACGGGAUCCGAUUGCUGUAUGGGGAGAGGAAUCCGUGCUAUCAGAACUACGUUCCAGUUUUCGAAAUUCCAAAACAUUUCUCAAAAUCUCCCAGGGCAUGAAGGACAGAGGUCAUAACAGGGACCCGAAGCAGUGCCGCGUGAAACUUAAGGAGCUGAGGCAAGCCUACCAGAAAACCAGAGAGGAGAACGGCCGCUCCGGGUCAGAGCCCCAAACAUGCCGCUUCUAUGAUGAGCUGCAUGCCAUUUUAGGGGGUUCAGCCGCCACUACCCCAGCCGUGUUGUUUGACUCCUUCAAUGGAGAUGGAGGCAACAUGGAAGCAGGUUUUGGGGACAAAGAAGAUGAUGAUGAGGAGGAGGUUGUAGAUAGCUCACAGCAAGCAAGCGGAGAAACCGGUUUUCCCGACAGCCAGGAACUGUUUCUCACCCUGGACCUGGAGCCAGUACCCCCCAAACUCACCCAAGGACCCGCCAGGUGGGGAAGGGACCUCUGCUGCAUGUGCUUCAAGGAUCACAGGAUCUUCUCCUUUCCAGAGGCUAGCGAAGAUUAGAAGGCGAAAAAACCGCACAUGCGAUGAAAUGUUCUCUGAGCUCAUGGUGUCCUCCCACACUGACAGAGCACAGACAAAUGCAUGGAGGCAGACAAUGUCAGAGUGCAGGAAAGCACAAAAUGACUGGGAGGAGAGGUCGCGGACUGAAGAGAGUAAGUAGCAAGCUGAAGAGAGGGCUAAAGCUGAAAGGUGGAGGCAGUGUGAUGAGAGGAGGCAGGAUUCAAUGCUGAGGCUACUGGAGGAUCAAACUAAUAUGCUCCAGCAUAUGGUUGAGCUGCAAGAAAGGCAGGUGGAGCACAGACCGUUGCUACAGCCCCUGUGUAACCAAUGGCCCUCCUCCCCAAGCUCUAUAGCCUCCUCACCCAGAUGCCCAAGAACGCGGUGGGGGGGGGCCUCCGGCCACCCAGCCACUCCACCCCAGAGGAUUGUCCAAGCAACAGAAGGCUGGCAUUCAAUAAGUUUUAAAGUAUUAAACUUUUAAAGUGCUGUGUGGCCUAGUCCUUCCCUCCUCCACCACCCCUCCUGGUGCUUCUCUCCUCCAAGACCCCUCCCGGGCUACCUUGUUAGUUAUCUGCCGAUUUGUGUGAUGAAUGAAUAAAGAAUG